AACCAGGAACUACCAGUGGGAAGAAGUGGUGUGUUGGCAUUUUGGAAGAAAUUGGAUCAAAGUGCAAUAAAAACCGUCACUUCUGACGUCCUGCGUGUCCACGUACAGCGGCCAGGCGCUUCGUAAUGCAGAAACACCUCUACUAGACGACAUAUUCUCUCGACAAACAACAACAGUGCUGAGGAGGGAAAAUGGGGAAGAAGGACGCCAGCACGACCAAGUUGCCAGUCGAUCAGUACCGAAAACAGAUUGGUAAGCAGGACUACAAAAAGACAAAGUCGGCCUUAAAGGCUACACGGCUGAAAGCUGAAGCAAAGAAGACUUCCUCUGGAUUCAGGGAUGCGUUCCUUGUCAUUGCAGCAAUUUUGUUCUUUGUCCUCUGUGUCUACGCCUUCUUCUACCUCAACCUGAGCACUGAGAUUAACCUGGAUGUGGAUGUGGAUUAAUAAGAGGUGGACCGUGUGCUGACAGCUUUCUUGUUUGUUGUUUACAAGUCACAAGACUGUUUCCUAGUUGUGUUAAGUUUUUGCAACCGGACGGUCUUUCUUCACACUUUGUCAGUGACUCUUUGACAAUGAACUUCCUCUUCAGGAGAAAUGUUGCAACGCAUUUGAAUUCAAAUUUCAGGCCAUUUUUGAGAUUUGACCUAAUCUUUCUUUAUCUUUUCCAUGGGAAUAUGCAAUGUAGCUGUACUCAUUACUUUACUGACAUUAAUUAUACUAUUAUUUUGCAUCCAUAACUGAUAGUUUGUUCCCUGUAGUUGCUUUGAUUCCUGUUCCCUGAAGAAGUCAAUGACCUCUCGCUUCAUGGCACUUGUAAAACAUUCUACAUUCAGCAAAGAAAACGAGCCUCUCUCUGCUCAAGUCUUCCAAACUACAGUUGUGACCGAGCCCUGCUAAUCAUAUUCGGUGGAGUCACGUCUCACUGUUUUCUCCACUAAUAGAAAAAUGUAAAUCGCCCGCUGAACCUCUCGUCACAUCGAGACAAACACUUGCCUCACAUUCCAGUGCACAAACCUCUCCUCCCGGAUAUCUGGAGAUCACAAAGUGUGAGAUUAGAAUCCACAAAGCCCCUUGUCCUGAUUGAACAUGUGUGCAGAAUACAGAACAACACCUUGUACCUGCUGCACAUACAUGCAGCACUUAGACAGACAUCCACAGGAUUAGCAUUACAAAUACCAUCCUGUUCUUUCAUUUGAAUGGAAAUUACUGACAUGAAUGAUGACUGAAUAGAGGUGAGCCUACAUUUUCCUUAUGUGGAACACCUUGAUAAUUUUCUCCUUGUCAAAUGUAUGCAUUGUUGUGAUGUGUCUCUAAGGAGAGGACUAUGAGGGUUUAUCAACACUUCUUUUUCCUACGUCUUUACUCUGUGCACUAGGCCUGCAGGGUGCAAGGAGUGACCUUGUAUUAACCAUGUAUCAGCACAAGUGCUGAAAUGAUUCUUUGUUAGCAGAGGACUACAAAGUCAGGGACUUUUUAGUCAUUUUUUUCUUUUUUUUUGUUGGAAUUUUUUUUCAUUUUAUCAACACUUACUACCACAUGUAUUUCUUAGUGCACAUUCUCUCUGUGCACAUUGGCAAUAUUAAUACCGCUGUCUAAAAGGCAGUUGAUGCAUUGUUUUGGAAAUGACUCUUUUAUGUACAUGUAUUGCAUAAAAGGCCAAUACCAAAUACACAAGAGGCCUUGUGACUUCUCUCAUUCCUAACAUGUUUUUUUUUCCAGUCUUUCUUUGAAAAAACAAAAAAAACAAGUCUUUUGUCUGUGCCCGAUUGUGUUCCCUGGCCUAUAAGGUUCACGAAAUGUGAGACAGAUUUUGAGCUUUCAGUUUCUGCCUUUUUUCCUCUUCUCUCCCAUGACCUCCCGACCUCUAGUAAAAGACUACAUGUCAAAGAAACCAUUAUGAUAAGCAUGCACCCGUACCCUCGCCCAGUGGCUUUUUAUCAGGCCUCGGUACAUCCAGACUAACCCCCCCCCAAACCCCCCACCCCUUCCCCCCUCACGUGUAACAAUAGACAGCCUGGCCUAAUAGACCUUCAUACAUGACACCUGUUAUCUAAAAGGUCACCAUUACUGAAUACAAGAGCUCUGACAUCAGCACAGUGGAAAGGAUCUGGCAGAGCAGCCUAUUUGUUCAGACCCAUGUUUGGCAAGAUGAAGUGCAAACUGUUUUUCACAGCAGUGUAAUGGUUAGUGCUAUUUUUGUUGGUUUGUAUGAUAUAUAAACAUUUUACAGUUUGCUUUGUCAUUAUGAUUCGGUUACAGGACACUGUGUGAUUAAUUAUAUUUUCUAUUUGUUUUCAGAUCAAAAUCAUGUAUCUCUUUAUAAGGAAAUAUAAAUGAUGUAUGAUGCAAAAAAGAUUAAAGGACCUUUUCAGUUUUA